GACAUCCAAAAUGGCUGUUCGUACCCGAAGAUAAGCGACAAUUGAGGUUGGACGUAAAAAUUGUUUGUGGCUAGUACGUAAAAAAAAUAUUGCACUAAAGAAGUGAAAGCGAAGUUAAAAAGUUGUUCAGUUCAUUGAAAUGCACUUAUUUGGCCACUGUGGAUGUCAUACAAAUGUAGUAAGUGGGAAAAAUUUGUCGACGGUCAUGAAAUAUUGCCUCAGAUUUCAACGCCAUAUAUCGUCGUGAAGUGCUGCAAAAUUUCCCCCUUCGACCCGGGUUGAAAAUUCGAAGUUCAACAUUUGAUACUAAAAGUUGGCAACACUGUAGGCAAUUACGAAAAGACAAAAUGGCGAUUUUCGACAAAUGACUUGUGAAUGGGAGACGAGGACGACGUGAAAUUUUGUGCUGCGUUGGAGAAAAAUUUUCAAUAUAGAAUUUUCAGAUUUGAAGUGAAAUUUUUUGAAGAAAUAUAACGAAUAUUACUAAAUUAGUGUAUGUUUGAUGUCUUCUUUAAGAAAAAGGUGUGUGCUGAGACAAAAAUAUCAUGAACCAGGAACACAAUGAAUCCCUCAAUAGUAUAGGACCGGAAGAAAAUGAUGAUAAUCAAGAAGAACAAAACGCGUCUGGCAGUGGUAGCCUAAGUUCUUCAGGAUCUGAUUCUGAUUCAGACAGCUCAACUUCAUCUUCAAACUCGAGCCGAAGACAUAGUUCUCCUGAUCGUGAGUCACAUGACAGCGACCAAAGCUAUGAUAGCGGUGACAAUGCCCAGGAUGGUCAAACCCAACAACAAAGAAAAGCCCGCAGAGUUACAUCGGCCGAAAGUGGGCCAGCAGCAGAUGGUUUGCCGCCCACAGCUGCAGCAGCUCAAGAGGAUACAAAAACUAACGGCUACUCCGAUGACAACGAAUCAGACAGCGAUUCGAAUUCGGACACUAAUUCAGACAGCAAUGAAGAAGAAGAUGAGGAACAUCGGGGUGAAGAAAUUGAGAAAGAUGUUGCCAAAUCCACCCGCAAUCUUACUAACAACACCUCAGCCACAUCUAAUACAACCACAACUACAUCUACGGAUAAUAAUACCUCAAAUACAACAAAUGAUGGGGAUGAAGAUUCCCAAGAUGAAGAUGCAAGUGUUGAGGAUGAGUGUAAUGGAAACGAGAGCACAAGCAGCAAGAGAAGGGCCGGUAAAAUGGCAGCAACGAAAUCGUGUUCAAAGAUGGUAUCUCAGUCAUCCUUAGCUACAAAAGCUUUGUCUAAAAAUAGAACUCAAAAUGAAGGCGAUGACGCCGUUGAUGAUGAUGACGCCGAAGCAUCAGAAUCUGGUGCAUCUGCUGAUAAAAGUUCUUCGUCAGCCGCUCAGUCACCAACUUGCAGCAGUAGCAGUAGUAGCGAAGACGAUGAGGAUGACUACCAGCCUAAACGUAGCACGCGCACAGCAAGAAAGACGCAAGCUGUAUCAUCAAACGAGAAGGCCACAAAAAAGGCAGCCAAAAAAAGGAAGAAGCAAAAUUGGGACUCAGAUGAAAGUGACGAAAGUGAAGCGGAUAGCGGUUUAUCAGCACCACAAAGACGAAAAGCGAACUCAAAGGCUGGCCAUGCCAAAGCAUCACAACGUCGCGGAAAAAAGGCUUCCUAUUCUAGCGACGAAAGUGAUGAUGGUGAGGAAGACAGCAAACGGUUUGGAACACGUCGAACUGCUGCAGCGGUCAGCUACAAAGAAGCUUCUGAAGACGAGAAAACAGAUUCAGAAGAUUUGUUAGAGGUUGAAUAUGAUGAGAGUCAAGCGGCAGCAGCUGAAGAGGAGGAGAAAUGUGAGACAAUCGAGCGUAUAUUAGCGAAACGUCAAGGUCGCAAAGGCUGUACUGGAAAUCCAACAACAAUUUAUGCCAUAGAGGAACAGGGGGCCGAUCCUAAUGAUGGGGUCGAUGAGAAUGAUCUGGCGAAUACUGAAACACAGUAUUUGAUUAAAUGGAAAGGAUGGUCGUAUAUACAUAACACAUGGGAGUCAGAGACAACUUUACGGGAGCAAAAGGUCAAAGGCAUGAAAAAACUUGAUAACUUCGUUAAAAAGGAACAAGAUAUUGAAUAUUGGCGUCGUUAUGCCGGUCCUGAAGAUAUCGACUACUUUGAAUGCCAAUUAGAAUUACAAAACGAUUUGCUCAAGUCGUACAAUAAUGUGGAUCGCAUUAUAGCGCGUAAUGAGAAGCCAGACGGUAUGUCAGAAUAUCUCUGCAAAUGGCAAUCGCUACCAUAUGCAGAAGCCACUUGGGAAGAUGGUGUAUUAGUUCAACGCAAAUGGCAACGUUGCGUAGAACAAUAUGAAGAGCGUGAAAUAUCCAAGUGUACACCGUCACGGCAUUGUAAGGUGCUCAAGUAUCGUCCGAAAUUCUAUAAAAUCCGCGAACAACCCGAUUUUUUGACCGAAGGUUUAACUUUACGUGAUUAUCAAAUGGACGGUUUAAAUUGGUUAUUACACUCAUGGUGCAAGGAGAACUCCGUCAUACUUGCCGAUGAAAUGGGUCUUGGUAAAACCAUACAAACCAUCUGCUUUUUGUAUUCUUUAUUUAAAGUUCAUCACUUAUAUGGGCCAUUUCUGUGCGUAGUACCGUUAAGUACUAUGACAGCGUGGCAACGUGAAUUUGAUCUCUGGGCGCCCGAUAUGAAUGUGGUGACAUAUUUGGGUGAUGUGAAAUCACGGGAAAUGAUACGCCAAUAUGAGUGGCAAUUUGAUGGCUCGAAAAGACUGAAAUUUAAUUGCAUUCUAACCACAUAUGAGAUUGUGCUGAAGGAUAAGCUUUUCCUCGGCACCUUGCAAUGGGCUGCAUUGCUAGUUGACGAAGCGCAUCGCUUAAAAAACGACGACUCUUUGCUAUAUAAAUCUCUGAAAGAAUUUGAAACAAAUCAUCGUCUACUAAUCACAGGCACACCAUUGCAAAAUUCCCUCAAAGAACUAUGGGCUUUGCUUCACUUCAUUAUGCCCGAUCGAUUUGUUACUUGGGAAGAUUUUGAAGUAGAACAUGGGAAUGCUGCAGAUAAAGGGUAUACUAAAUUGCAUCAGCAGCUUGAACCAUAUAUUUUACGUCGCGUUAAAAAGGAUGUCGAGAAGUCGUUGCCAGCAAAGGUAGAACAAAUAUUGCGAGUCGAAAUGACAUUACUUCAAAAACAAUACUACAAGUGGAUUUUGACGAAAAACUUCGAUGCCUUGCGCAAAGGUAAAAAGGGUUCUACGUCAACAUUCUUAAAUAUUGUCAUUGAAUUGAAGAAAUGUUGCAACCAUGCUGCACUUAUACGGCCAUCAGAGUUCGAAUUGAUAGGUCUGCAGCAGGAGGAGGCACUGCAGACAUUAUUGAAAGGGUCCGGAAAAUUGGUACUUUUAGAUAAGUUGUUGUGCCGUCUGAAAGAGACUGGCCAUCGUGUGUUGAUUUUCUCGCAGAUGGUACGUAUGCUGGACGUGCUUGCUGAUUACUUGCAAAAACGUCAUUUUCCUUUUCAACGUCUCGAUGGUAGCAUAAAGGGUGAAAUGCGGCGUCAAGCCUUAGACCAUUUCAAUGCGGAAGGCAGUCAGGACUUUUGUUUUCUAUUGUCUACACGUGCUGGUGGAUUGGGUAUUAAUUUGGCAACGGCAGAUACAGUUAUAAUCUUUGAUUCGGAUUGGAAUCCCCAAAAUGAUUUGCAGGCACAGGCACGUGCACAUCGGAUUGGCCAGAAAAAUCAAGUAAAUAUUUAUCGGUUGGUAACGGCGCGUUCUGUUGAAGAGCAAAUUGUAGAGCGAGCGAAACAGAAAAUGGUACUUGAUCAUCUUGUCAUACAGCGUAUGGAUACAACAGGUCGUACAGUUUUAGAUAAAAGUGGUGCGAGUUCAUCAAAUGCUACACCCUUCAAUAAAGAUGAUUUGUCAGCAAUUUUGAAGUUUGGCGCCGAGGAAUUAUUCAAAGACGAACAGGAAAAUGAUGAUGAAUUGGUAUGCGAUAUCGAUGAAAUCUUACGCCGUGCAGAAACUCGCAAUGAAGAUCCAGAAAUGCCUGGAGACGAUUUGUUAUCUGCAUUUAAGGUUGCCAGUAUAGCGACCUUUGAGGAGGAACCUAGUGAGGCGGCUAAAGACGAUGACAAUUUGGGUGGUGAGGAAGAAGAUACCAAAGACUGGGAUGAUAUAAUACCCGAGGAUUUUCGAAAGAUAGUCGAAGACCAAGAACGCGUCAAAGAGAUGGAAGACUUGUAUUUACCACCACGGCGAAAGACCGCAGCAGCCAAUCAGGACUCCAACGCGUCGGGUAAACGUACCGGGAAGAAGAGCCAUGCAGACGAAUCAGGCGCGGACUCGGAGUAUGAAGUUGGCUCGGAUGCCAGCGGAGAAGAUGGUCGGCCGAAAAAGCGUGGUCGUCCUACCAACAAGGAGAAGAUAAUUGGCUUUACUGAUGCUGAAAUACGACGCUUUAUUAAGUCAUACAAGAAAUUUCCAGCACCGCUCGAGCGCCUAGAAGCGAUUGCUUGUGAUGCUGAGCUGCAAGAGAAGCCAUUGACAGAAUUAAAGAGGAUUGGUGAAAUGCUACACGAUCGAUGUGUACAAUUCCUCGAAGAACACAAAGAUGACCCACCAGCUACACCUAAAAUUGUUGCUGACGACACGGUAGCGGCGAAGCAGAGACGUACUCGUGCAACAUAUUCCGUAAAAUUGGGCGGUGUUUCAUUUAAUGCCAAAACGCUGCUAUCUUGUGAAGAGGAACUAAAGCCACUCAACGAUAUUGUACCAAAUGCAAGUAGUGAGCGGCUUAGUUGGCAAUUAAAUAUUAAAACUCGACCUGCGAAUUUCGACACGGACUGGGGUGUUGAGGAGGACUCCAAAUUGCUAUGUGGCAUUUAUCAAUAUGGCAUUGGUUCAUGGGAGCAAAUGAAAAUGGAUCCAAGUCUGAAGUUGACAGAGAAAAUACUCUCCAACGAUGCACGAAAACCACAAGGCAAGCAUUUGCAAUCACGGGCGGAAUACUUAUUAAAAAUUAUUAAAAAGAACGUAGAACUGAAAAAAGGAGUCCAACGCAAGCAACGCAAACCGCGUAAGCCGCGCGAGGCAAAAAUUAGCGGUACUGCUGUCGGAGGUACGGCUGUAUCGGUGACACCCGAACGAAAACCCAGAAACAUAUCUGAGACCCACAUUGGCGAUGACGCAUCACAAUCCGCUCACGAAGGUGCGGAACGUAAGCCACGUUCACGCGAUAGUACAUCAAAAGCUGAAACUGCUGAGCAUGAUGCUAUCGCUAAUACUACAGAGUCUACAGAUGCUACCUCAGCGACAGCUAUGAAGAAAAAAUCUAAACGUAGCUCUGGAAAGGAAGGCAAGACUGGUGCUCGUACGAAGAAAUCAAAUGCUUCUGAAUCGGCGGCGAAUAACAAGCCCAUGCAUUUUACAGCAAAUAAUGAGCCACGUGCACUUGAAGUGCUUGGUGAUCUUGAUCCUACUAUAUUUAACGAGUGCAAAGAGAAAAUGCGACCGGUUAAAAAAGCGUUAAUUGCGCUUGACCGGCCAGACACAAGCCUUUCCAAUCAAGAACAAGUGCGGCACACACGCGAAUGCCUACUAUCCAUUGGGCGUCAAAUCGAUGCUUGUUUAGAAGCAUAUAAAGAGCCCGAAAAGAAAGAGUGGCGCAGUAAUUUGUGGUAUUUCGUUUCGAAAUUUACAGAGUUCGAUGCGAAAAAAUUGUUUAAGUUGUACAAGCACACUUUGAAGAGUACAGAGGAAACAGGGGGCGUAACUGGUGGUGCUAGUGGGAGUGGUGUUGCGAGUGUUCCGAGCUCAACAGAGAAAAGUGCCAAGGCGAAUUCCCAAUCGCCCACAAAACGUGCACGCAGCGAUGCCAAGGUGCAGCAUGAAAAUGGCAUUACAGCUGUUACUGAGAAAAAGAAGAAGAAAAGGGAUAAGGAUAAGACAAAAGAAAAAGAUAAAAUUCGUGAUAAAACCGAAAGACAUAUCGGCCCAGCUGGAACUACAGCGAGUACGGAUAAAUCAAAACGAUCGUCAGGCUUAGAAUCGCCGAUGAAGAGGAAGCGGGAUGAAAAUGACGUAGGUGGUGGAAAUGCCAUCGACGGAAAAGGCACACCAUACAAACGCCAGAAUAUGAACGCUGUUAACAGAAGCCGUGAUCGCAACGAUGAGCGCAAGAAAAUUUACGGUGGUGAUGGCUCUGGUCCUCCAGUUCGUGGAAGCGGAACCAGUUGCAUACCGCCUGUUGGUAGCGGCGAUCGACGAAAUUCUAUGAAUUCACCGUCAACUCCAAAUAAUCGUGGCAUACAUGGUGUUAACGCACGACUACCGUCGAAUAUCGCGGGUACGCCUGCUGGAGUUGCAAGCAGUGGAACUUACAGCACGCCUGCUGGUGCAGGUGAAGCGCGUAACAUGUCAUCACCUUACAUGGAUGGCAACGACCGGUGGGGCCAUGGACGUGAUAGGUACGGUAACUCGGAUUACAAACGAGAUCGUUACGAAAAUUACGGUGGUCGAAAUAGCAGCGGUGGUGGUUAUCAUCGGGAUCAUCGCGAUCGGGAUAGAGAUCGGAGACCCGAUAAAAGACGCUAUCAUCCAGCUCAUGUGCCACCACCCCCACUUUCGUAUGCCGGUUAUCACAUGCCUCCCAACUAUUACAUGGGCAAUGGGGGCUUGCCUCCUGGAGCAGCACCGCCACAUGGCCAAUAUCGCGGAGAUACACGCUAUGCAUCUGCAGGUGAUUGGCCGCGCGACAAUCGCAUGGAUUUCCCGCCAGAUUAUCGAAGAGGGGACUACGAUCGACGGCCGCAAACAUAAACUCCCUGCCAAUUCAUCACUAGCACUUUAUUGCAAACAUUUUUUUUACUGUGUUAUGAUCAUAAUUUCUCGUCAUAUGUCUAUAGUUACUAAAAUGCUAAAAACGCAAAGAACAAGCCGAAACUAUUGGAUAAGUGGAUAUAAAAAAUAAAGCAUAAGUUAGUUUUCUUAACUUUAAAAUAUUUAUAAAUCUGUAAAAAGUAAAGUAGUCGUAAACUUAUUUAAUCACAUCCAAUAAAAAAUUCCAAAUUGGAAUUUAGAAUAUUGUAAUAUUAUAUUUAAUUUAAUUCGAACUCAACUCUAAAAUAUAUACGUACUUGUCUAUAAAUUAAAGCGCCAACACAAUUUUUACUUCUGCAUCAAUCCAUACACCAAACAUAUUAACGCAUAUGUAUAAAAAAGUGGGUGAUGUAAAUUAGUUAAUUAGUCUUUAAUGAGUAGAUUUAAACAAUGUGUGUAAUGAAUUAAAAAAUAUUAAUUAUUUUGUAUUUAUAUGAAAUGUUAAUAAGUUUUAUUGUAGCCUUAAUUACUUUGCUCUAUAUCUGUAGCCAACUGAUAUAAUAUUACUAGUUAACGUGUAAGUUUAUAAGAACAAAAAACUUAAAAAUAACAUAAAGCAACAAAUACAUUUUGUUAAGCUGUAAUUAGACUUGUACAGAUGAAAAAAUAUAACUUUAUCGUUUUUAAACUAAUUUCAACAACUAGAUAUUAGGUCUAAGCAACAGAAUCGCAUAGGUAACAUUAUUUUUUUAAUAGUUUGAUUUUUUGUUUGGUUUAGUUACAGUCGCAUUGUUGAAACGCAUGUGAUUGGAAUUCGGUAAAAUAAAAAUGAAUAAAUAUAAAAUUAAUUAUAACAUA